CCUUCGAGCUGGUCGCAUUGUCUCCGCUCCGAGUUGCAGAUAUGAAGACACCUUCGCUUGGCUUUCUUUUGGCACUGAUCGCAAUCUCAGCAGGUGCCAACGGCGACUGGCAGUUGCCCUGCGAUCUGCGCGAAACGAGCCAUGGCAGCGUGUGUGUGUGCAACAGCACCUACUGCGACUAUCUGGAGCAGCCGCAGCUCACGGACACCUCGCAGAUUGUGGUGAUUAGCUCCAGCAAGGAUGGCCUACGCUUCAAGAAGACAACAGGGGAUCUUUCGAAGGGAAAACCCAUAUCAAUAGAUGACAAACAGUUCACCGAUGAGAACUUCAAGGCAGAUGCGAUUGUGGUGGAUCAGGAGCGAGCCUGGUUGCAGUUGGCCAAUAUUCCCCAAAGCCUGUUUAUUAAUGCCAGCAUUAGGACAUAUCGCAUAUCGGUGAAACGAGAGCAGCGUUUUCAGAACGUCUCCAUUUUUGGCGGUGCCUUCACGGGAACAGUAUCGUACUUACUCAACGAACUGCCCGCAGAACUACAGGAUCAUGUCUAUAGGUCCUAUUUCCAUCCGGUUGGAAUUGGAUACAACACCAUUCGCAUGUCCAUUGGAGGUUCCGACUUUGAUAUGGAACCCUGGGCAUAUAAUGAAUCGCCUCGUAAUGAUCUGAAAUUGAGUAACUUCACCGAACUGGAUCCGCGGGAUCUGCAGAAGGUGGAGCAGCUGAAGCGCCUGAAGACAAUUGCCAAAAUUGAUGAGCUGAAGAUCAUGGGCGCCGCGUGGAGUGCACCCACCUGGAUGAAGAGCAAUGGACGCUGGACGGGAUUCGGGCAGCUGAAAUCGGAGUAUUAUCAAACGUGGGCCCUCUACCACCUCAAAUUUCUCGAACUGAUGCGGGCUAAAAAUAUGCCGAUUUGGGCCAUAUCCACUGGCAAUGAGCCGUUAAACGGCGUCAUUGGCUUCUUUUUUGUACACUUCAUGAGCAUGGGCUGGACGCCCUGGCAGCAGGCUAUCUGGCUGAACGACAAUCUGGGCCCGACCAUCAGGAGCUCGGCGGAGAGCAAGGUGCUCAUCUUCGGCAACGACGACCAGCGGUACACCUACCCAGUGUGGUUCCGUAAGAUGCGCUCCUCCCGCAGCAAUUCGCUGUCCUACUUGGAUGGCCUAGCUGUGCACUGGUACUGGGAUGAGCUGAUCGGUCCACAGCUCAUUGACCAGGCGCACACGGAUAUGCCCAACAAGCUGCUACUGAAUACGGAGUCCUGCAUCGGGGAUAAGCCCUGGCAGACCCAUGGUCCCGAGCUGGGCAGUUGGCAGCGCGGCGAGAGCUACAUGAGGGCCUAUACCCAGGACCUGACGCACCACUUCAAUGGCUGGCUGGAUUGGAAUCUCGUGCUGGACGAACAGGGUGGCCCGAACUACGUCAAGAACUACGUGGACGCACCGAUCAUUGUGAAUGCCACGAGUCGGGCUGAGAUGUACAAACAGCCGAUCUUCUAUGCCAUUGGCCACUUCUCCAAGUUCCUGCCGCCGGAUUCGGUGCGCAUCGAGACGCGGAUCGAGAACCAGCUCAAUCCCUUCACCCAGCUGAGUGCUGUGGGCUUCCAGCGACCAGACGGCAGUGUGGCGUUGAUUAUCUACAAUGGCCAGAACCUGCCGGUGGACGUGGCCCUCGAUGAUAGCCAGCGUGGAGCGAUCCAACUCCGGCUGCCGCCGCGCUCCUGGCACACGGUGCUCUACAAAUGAGGUUCCCUUCCCGGAACCCAGCUAUAUAGCAUAUAGUAAUUUAAACUAGGCCAGGGGAGUGGGGGAGCGGGUCCAGCUGCCGCUGCCGCUGCCCAGAGGACCAAUUGAGGCUCAAGUGACAGCGGCGCAACGGAAGCCAAUAAAUUGCGCGCAACAGGAUGAGCAGGAUAAUAAAAGCGAGGAGAUGGGGAGAUGGGCAUCUGAGUGCCAGGAUGUAAUGCCCGAUCUGCGGAGACAGCGGAAAUUUGUUUAAGCUGCUCAAUUUGCCGGAACGCGUCUGUUUACAAUGAAAUUUCAUUGGCCGUUUAAUUUUCCUUUCUUUUUUUUUCGGUGCAUGGGGAACGGCAAAGUACAAACGCCGUGCAUGUUGUUCCAUGCAUAUAGAGUAUAGUAUAUAGAAACAUAUCUCGGAUCAAGUUGAGUGACAACUGGCAGUCGAGCGGGAACUUAUACGGCCAACCGAAUAUUAUCUUUAGGCUAGCGCUGCGGUGUCUGGUCUAUUUGUUCAAUAUGCUCUAUAAAUAUGUUUGUCAAUUGAGCGCCAAGCAAAUGCAUUUUCCCAUUUUCCCCGCCUUUUCCACUUUCUCUCCCUCGCUCGCACUUGGCGCACAAAAUGGGGCGUUUUAUGUAAGUCUAUAAAUUAAAACAUGAAACGCUUAUAAACCCAUAUGACUGUUGCAAUGCACUUUCGUUUUGUUUGGAUUAUAUAUAUGAAACGAUUAUUCACAUUUUAUUAACUAUUUUUGUCAAUAGUAAGUAGUAACCACACAGAAAUGCUUAUGAUUAAGAAU